AUGGCUUCGGCGGGAACAUCGAGUCGUCGUACUCGUCAGGCAGUCGUUGGCGAGUCAAGCAAGCGAUCGUUGCGCGAAAGAGCAGCCACUCCCUCAUAUGUCGACCCAGAAACCGAUGAUGAGGAUGAGCUUGGCCAUGAUUAUGAGCCAGCUUCUCCACCGGCACCUCGCAAGGCACCUCGCUUGAUCUUACGAGCACCACAGCGACCACAACGCCAAGUGCGACCGAUCCGACAGGCAACAAAGAGAUAUGUUGAGCCGGACAGUGAUGAUGAGAGCGAAGAUGAAGGGGUAGUCGAACCUGCUCAGAGAUCCUCACGGUCAUCUGGGCGGCUCACCAGACAAACGGCCACCAGCUACGCCGAACCAGACUCCGACGACGAUGUCGACGACGAAGCCGAAUUUGUACCCGUAGCUCCGCCUCAGCUUCAGCAUCGACAAGAAGCCCGGGCGCCACCACGCAAGCGACGCAAGGUACAGGCACGGCCUCGACCGCAGACCAGGCUGAUGAGAGGUGACAAGGGCAAGGCUGCCGUGAAGUCUGUUUUGCGUGGUAUAGGAAAGAAGCGACGGUGGAACACUGUCGGUGCUCCACCAAAGCAAGCAUUCACAGGACCGAGCGAUAAGAAGAUACCUGACUGGGCAUCUUUACCCAUCAACAUACUUCGGGACAUCUUCAUCUUCGCAUCGCAACCUGUGCACGAGCAGACACGAACAGCCAGCGCAAAUGUCGACCGGCUACUGAAGACGGCACGGCUUAGUCCACUCCUCAACAACCUGCAACCACAUCAUCUGCUUGAAUUACUACAGAUACCUAAGGAGAAAAGAUGCAUAAACUACAACGCCAAAGUCAAGAGUUUGCAGAUUGAUGUCAGACGACUGGCAUACACUGCUACGGGCAGAGGACUGUUCGACAUCAGUCUACUGGUGGCUGAAUGUCCACAGUUGCAGCAGGUGGAGAUCUUGCAUCCCGUCGACGAACCUCCCUUCAGACCUCUGAAGAUCCAGAACUGGCACUAUCCAGCCAACUUCUUCGAAUCGUUAGAGGAGCACGGCACGAAACUACGUAGCUGGAGGUGGAACAGAGACAUGAUCAAUAUCAUAGAUGCCAGCGAGAUGUAUGCCCUCAUGGUCAAGACCCAUAGUGGGAAGUCUUUCGAGUACUUGACCAAGCUCACGUUAUGUGGCUAUGACUGGAACGAUAGUGCUGAGCCGGCUGAGGCGGAAGGUGGCGCCACGAGUGCUGCAACAGCCCCUGGUCUCGCAACAUCGAUCGGCCUGAUACCAAGACUAAAGGACCUUACUUUCAUAUCUUGCGAAGUGCUCGUGGAUAACUUCUUAGAGCGUCUCCCAACAAACCUGGAACGCCUGGAAAUCACGAACUGCCUCGAGCUGACAAGUGGCAUGCUGCAAUCAUACCUUCUCACUGGUGGAUCACAGGUUCGCGAGCUGGUUCUCAAUCACAAUCCCGCUCUCAACCUUACCUUCCUCACUUCUUUGAAGACUGCCUGCCCGAAGUUGGAAGUGCUCAAGAUGGAUCUGCGGUUGUUCAGCGAGAAGAUCAACAGCAACGAUGCAGAACCACUAUACGAAGAACUGCUAGGCAGCGAGGAUAUACCGACCUGGCCCUCCACUUUACGCCAUCUAGAGUUGACGCAGCUGAACCGCUGGCAAGCAGAAGCGGCACAAAACCUCUUUCGCUCUGUCGUAGACAAUUCUGCCGACCUACCUGAUCUUCGCAUUCUGAUCUUACAUUCCCACAUCAAUAUUCCCUGGCGCCAACGAGCCGAGUUUCGCGAUCAGUGGAUCGACCGUCUACACCAAGUCUAUGCUCGCCGAGCAGAUGCGCCAAAUCCGUAUCUCGGGUCGCUUAGACAGUUCGCAGAGUGGAAAGCUGCGCAAGCGGUCGGAUGGGACAUCAAGCAGAACGGCCGUGCCAAACCUGAUGAUCCAGAAGCUCCGGGUGAUUUUGUUGUCGGCAGAGGAAUAUCGCAUGUCCAGAUGUCGUCACCUAAGAGACACGACGGAGAUACGGAUGUCUUCAGUGAGUCGUCGCCGGAGAAGCAAGAUGGUGACAAGGCGAAGGUGAGGAGGAGCACGAGGGUCAAGGAGUCUGUGGCACGCGUACCGUUAUCUGCCACAGGUAGUGAUAGUGGAGGAGAAGAAGAAGAUGAGGACGACGAGCAAGAGGAUCAGACCGGUCUGCACGUUCAGGGCUUGUGCAAUAUUGUCGACAUUCGUAUUGACAACCAGCGACCACGAGAGAAUGAGUUCACCGCUGGCGAUUUCCUCGAUGAUGAGAUAAGCGGAGACGAAGACUGGCAAGAAGGCAACGAUAAUGAUGCUGAUGAUGGGUAUGCUUGGUAG